CACCGCCGAACCCUCAGAGCUACACUGCUGUGCUCGCCCUGCCUCAGUAACGACUGCGAGCUGCUCUCUCAGUAACUUAUGGGGGAUUUGUCAAAACUGGAAUACAAACGUGAAGACAAAUUCAUGCCGCGUGAAGGAAGAUUCAAACAAACUGUUAUGAAAGACUGCUGAUCACUGUUGCUGUUAGAAGAUAGCAAUGGGAGGAGCGCCUUGACAGAGACGGGAAAGUACAGCAAGAAACCAUGGCUGCCCAUCGAAUUCGCUCAGCAAACAACAAUGCUGCACUUCCUCGCUGCAAGUCUGAGGGAGCGCUCAUUGAUUUGAGUGAAGGGGUUUCAGAAGCCACCCUCACUGAUGUAAAAGUGCCUACCCCUAGUGCCUUACGACUGGAUGCAACUGCCUCAAUUGAAACUGCUAGAGAAGUUAUUGCCAUUAAGGAUUACUGUCCAUCAAACUUCACCACCCUAAAGUUUUCUAAGGGAGACUGCCUCUACGUUCUUGACACAUCUGGUGGAGAAUGGUGGUAUGCUCACAAUAACACUGAGAUGGGUUACAUCCCAGCAGCCUAUGUCCAGCCUAUCAAACAUCGAGACUCUUCAUUCUGCGACAGUGGCAUGAUCGACAGUCUAGGUGACAUUUCUAAGGAUGGAACGAAAGAGCUAGAGCAACGUGAAGAGUGGUCAGGGAUCGUAAAACCUACACCUUCUCAGAAUGGGAAUCCCUUUGUAACUAAGCGGAUGUCUGCCAAUCCUUUCCUAGAUUGUUCUCUGCAAGACACAGCUGAUCAAAACAGUAUCCAGAGUUCGGCAGAUCUCCUUGGUUUUAAAACGCUCUCCUCUCCUGACUCAAAAACCAGCAGCACAGUUAACAUCAACGGCUUUGGAAGUAAUAUAUUUGAUACAAACUGCUUGACACCUAACACAGGGAAAAGCCAAGUUCUCCGGAGAGAAAAUCCGUUUUACAGGAGCAAACGCUGUUACAGCUUGUCAGAGCUGUCUAUUUUGCAGUCCCAGGCAGAUGCACCUCAAGAGUUCUUGAGUUUCUUUGGUGGCUUGAAGUCACCAACACCUGAACAGUUUCAAAGUAGAGAAGAUUUCAAAAAUGCCUGGUUAAACCAUCGGAAGCUCACAAGGUCUUGCCAUAAUCUUGAUUCUAUAGGACAAAACCCUGGCUGGGGUCAAACACAGCCCAUAGAGACCAACAUUGUAUGUAAACUGGACAGUUCAGGUGGUGCUGUCCAGUUACCCAAUACUAGCAUCAGCAUCCAUGUACCCGAAGGCCAUGUUGCAUCAGGUGACACUCAGCAGAUAUCUUUGAAGGCUUUACUGGACCCACCACUGGAGUUAAACAAUGACAAAUGUACAACCGUGAGCCCAGUGGUGGAAGUCAAGCUCAGUAAUAUGGAAACUAAAACCACCAUUACCUUAGAGAUGAAAGUGUCUGUUGUAGUAAAGAUGGAGAGUCGACAAAAGGCGGAAGUAGUCUGCGUCCGGAGUGACUGCAAGGAGGGACCUUAUGUUCCAGUUCCUCAUGCUUAUAUGUAUGGAGAUACAGUCCAAGUAGCCUUGGACAAUUUAGAGCCAUGUAUGUAUGUGUCAGUUGUUGCUCAAGCCCAGGUUGUAGCCCCAUACGCUACAGUGUGGGAGCAUGUUGUAAAGAAGGUUACACUUGGUGUAUAUGGUCCCAAACAUAUCCACCCAUCAUUUAAGACAGUGGUUGCUAUAUUUGGCCAUGACUGUGCACCAAAAACAUUACUAGUAAGCGAGGUUAAAAAGCAGUCUCACUGCACUCCACCAGUGACCCUUCAGCUGUGGGGCAAACACCAGUUUGUCCUUGCAAAGCCGCAAGAUCUUCAAGUUGGUAUGUAUUCCAACAUGUCAAAUUUUGAAGUGAAGGUCAGUGAGCAGGCAAAGGUAGUGAGGGGUUUUCAGCUCAAACUUGGCAAAGUGUCCCGCCUCAUCUACUUGAUAUCUGCCCGUGAUACAGAGAACAUCUCAGACUUCACUUUGCGGGUGCAGGUUAAAGAUGACAAGGACUGCAUCCUUGCCCAGUUCUGUGUUCAGACGCCACCACCUCCACCAAAGGCAGCGACAAGGGGCUCUGUGCAGAGGCGCUUCUUGAAGAAAAAAGAAAUGAACAAAAUUGUCCUCUCUCCUCUUGUGACAAUCGUAAAAUACCCUGUGUUUCAAGACAGACCAGUCAAAAAUAUCAAAUUUGGAAAGUUGCUGAAAACUGUCAUUAGACAGACGAAGAACCCGUAUUUACUGGAGUACCUAAAAGGAGAUGUAGUGGCAAUUUUGAACGAGGAAAAAGUCAAACUUAAGGGGCAUCUGUGGACCAAAGAGUGGUACAUUGCAUACUAUCAUGGCAGGAUAGGACUGGUACAUGCAAAGAACAUUCUUAUAAUGGGAAAGGUCAAACCUGUUAAUUUCAAGGGGGCUGAUUUAACUUCUGCUGCGCUCUUGGACCAAAUCCUAAAGCCCUGCAAAUGUCUCACUUACAUCUAUGCCUCAGUGAGGACUAUUUUGAUGGAAAACGUGGGCAGCUGGAGAGCAUUUGCUGAUGCCCUGGGCUAUGUCAACCUUCCUCUGGCACACUUUUGUCGAACAGAGCCAGAAAGCGAGCCUGAAAAAGUGGCCUCGGUUCUGGAGAGGCUUAAGGAAGACUGCAAUGCAGCUGAGGGAAAAGACAGGAAGUCCUUCCAGAAUGAGCUCAUGACGGCUUUGCUGAAGAUGGACUGUCAGGGUCUGGUGGCUCGGCUGGUCAAGGACUUUGCACUGUUGACCGCAGCAGUGGAGGUGGCCGACCGUUGGAGGGAGCUGGCUGAGAAACUGGCCAAAGUAUCCCGGAAGCAAAUGGAUGCUUAUGAGGCUCCUCACAGAGACAAAGAUGGGGUGGUGGACAGCGAGGCCAUGUGGAAGCCAGCUUAUGACUUCCUGGUGACAUGGGCAGCCCAGAUCGGGGACAGUUACAGGGACGUGCUUCAGGAGCUGCACACAGGACUGGACAAAAUGAAAAACCCCAUCACCAAGCGCUGGAGACACUUGACAGGAACCCUCAUCCUUGUUAACUGCCUGGACCUCUUACGGAGCUCCGCCUUCAGCCCCGCCCCUCAGGACGACUGUGCCAUAUAACCACUAUGUUUUGAAGGUCAAAUGUUUUUGAGGUAAAUUGCUACUCCACACCAAUGAAAACAGACUCACUAAGAAACCACUGGGAUCGAAAUGAACUCCUGGCUGAGCAAAAGCCUCAAAAGUGUUAGUGCUGAAAGUAUUUAAAAUAAACACCUCAAAGAUGGUGUUUCUUUCAUACGUAUGUUUCCGUGAAAAACUGAGAACAACUAAGAUCAAACUACUGACUGAGCGAUCACCUUAAAUGUGUUAAACUGUCUGAAACAAAGAUUUCAAAUAUGGCCUUACCUCUGCAUAAACUUCCAUGUUAUCCCCCCAGAAAAACUCAGUAUGGAAUUAAUACAUUACUUCUAAUAUUUUUGGUGGUUUAAGCCCAACACUAAGCAUGUUUUGGUCCUGAUUGACUAUGAUUAUGUUCCAUUUACACUGUUUAUAUAUAUAUAUAUAUAUAUAUAUAUAUAUAUAUAUAUAUAUAUAUAUAUAGAUAUAGAUAUAUAUACAUACAGAUACUGCUUUAUUUUGUGAAGUUUGAAGAGUCUUCUUGAACAACUGGCCACCUCACACCAAAACCCAGCAAUCACUGUGUUUAUAAGGAUUCAAGUCUCACAUUUAUCAUUGCACAGUUUGUAUAGAAUAUUUUAACUCUUCCUCCUAAGGCUGCACAAUUUGAUACCGUAUUGGUAUUCCUCGUAUAGAAAAGACUGUAAAAAAAGAAAAAAAUGUGCUUGAAACGUGUCAAAACUGUAUUUUAUGUGUACUUUCGUCGGAUAGUUGAAUUCAUAUAUGAACAAUGUUAUAUGAAAACAUUUGAUUUUUGAGAUUUUGUACAUAUUUAAUAACAUUUAACCACCAUUUUAUCAAAGGUGCAUGUUGACUACUGUUUUUCAAGUUCAAAAAGACUUUUGUAAAAUGAGCAUUUCCUAACACUAUGACUGUAUUCUACUACUUAACUGUACUACUUAAUUGUCUUUUAAUAUGUAUGAAUUUGCACCAAAGAAUUAAUUUCGUAUUGUUUUUUAUGUGUAUUUGUUCUUUUUGUAAUGCCAACCAGCUACUGUAUGUUCAAAGUAUUCCCCAAACCGGUUUGUUUGUAACUUUGAUGUUUUUUAAUUCAGUGAGUUAUCGUGCUGUAUGUGUUGCCUCCAAAUCUUGAUUGUUUCAAUUUCGUAAUUUUGUCAUAAAAUAUUUUUAGCAAU